GGCCGCCGGGGCCCAGAGCGCCGCGCUCGCAGCGGGUAGCGCCGCUAGUGCCGUCCGCGCUCUUUCGGCGGCCGCGGGGCCGCAGGCUGGUCCGGGGAGGCGGCGAGGGCGGCGCCCAGGCGCCCGCCGCCCGGCAGGCAGGAUGAGCAUCGAGAUCCCCGCGGGACUGACGGAGCUGCUGCAAGGCUUCACGGUGGAGGUGCUGAGGCACCAGCCCGCGGACCUGCUGGAGUUCGCGCUGCAGCACUUCACGCGCCUGCAGCAGGAGAACGAGCGCAAAGGCGCCGCGCGCUUCGGCCAUGAGGGCAGGACCUGGGGGGACACGGGCGCCGCCGCCGGGGGCGGUACCCCCAGCAAGGGGGUCAACUUCGCAGAGGAGCCCAUGCACACCGACUCCGAGAACGGGGAGGAGGAGGAGGAGGAGGCCGCGGACGCCGGGGCGUUCAACGCUCCGGUAAUAAACCGAUUCACAAGGCGCGCGUCAGUAUGUGCCGAAGCUUAUAAUCCUGAUGAAGAAGAAGAUGAUGCAGAGUCCAGGAUUAUACAUCCCAAAACUGAUGAUCAAAGGAAUCGAUUGCAAGAGGCUUGCAAAGACAUUCUGCUAUUUAAGAACCUGGAUCCGGAGCAGAUGUCUCAAGUGUUAGAUGCCAUGUUUGAAAAAUUGGUCAAAGAAGGGGAACAUGUAAUUGAUCAAGGCGAUGAUGGUGACAACUUCUACGUGAUCGAUCGAGGAACGUUUGAUAUUUAUGUGAAAUGCGAUGGUGUCGGAAGGUGCGUUGGUAACUACGACAAUCGUGGGAGUUUCGGUGAACUGGCCUUAAUGUACAAUACGCCCAGAGCAGCUACGAUCACUGCUACCUCUCCGGGUGCUCUGUGGGGUUUGGACAGGGUAACCUUCAGGAGAAUAAUUGUAAAAAAUAAUGCCAAAAAGAGAAAAAUGUAUGAAAGCUUUAUUGAGUCACUGCCAUUCCUUAAAUCUUUGGAAGUUUCUGAACGCCUGAAAGUGGUAGAUGUCAUAGGCACCAAAGUAUACAACGAUGGAGAACAAAUCAUUGCUCAGGGAGAUCUGGCAGAUUCUUUUUUCAUUGUAGAAUCUGGUGAAGUGAAAAUCACUAUGAAAAGGAAGGGCAAAUCCGAGGUGGAAGAGAAUGGCGCAGUAGAAAUUGCUCGGUGUUCCCGGGGACAGUACUUUGGAGAACUUGCUCUGGUCACUAACAAACCCCGAGCAGCUUCGGCGCACGCCAUCGGGACCGUCAAAUGUUUAGCCAUGGAUGUGCAAGCAUUUGAAAGGCUUUUGGGACCUUGCAUGGAAAUUAUGAAAAGGAACAUUGCCACUUACGAAGAACAAUUAGUUGCCCUGUUUGGAACUAACAUGGAUAUUGUUGAACCCACUGCAUGAAGCAAAAGUAUGGAACAAGACCUAUAGUGACAAAAUUACACAGUAGUGGUUAGUCCACUGAGAAUGUGUUUGUGUAGAUGCCAAGCAUUUUCUGUGAUUUCAGGUUUUUUCCUUUUUUUACAUUUACAACGUAUCAGUAAGCGGAGUAGUGAUUUAAUACUCUAUAGGCUUUAACAUCACUUUCUAAAGAAUAGAUCAAAACAAUAUUGACAUACUGAUGAAAUGACUUUGUACUCCACAAAAUUAUGAUCUCAGUGAGAGGUUUAUUCAAAUGAUUGUAAUAUAUUGAAAGUAUCUGUGUGCAAGAAGAUAAUUGAAGGGUGUUACCAUGGGCAACAUGUGUUCAUGUGGACUCUCUCGGAUUGCUGUGUUAGUGACUAUGCCCAUGUAAAAGGGAACUUGGCAGUGAACCAUGCUCUACAGCAUGGCAUCACAUUCUUUUUACAACUCGCUAUAUAUAUAGUAAGUACAAUUUUAAUCAUUUUUGUUUUCAAGUUUUUCUGGCUUGAUAAGUUAUGUGCUGGCCUUGGACUAUGGCAUAAAACAUCAUAUGCAAUUUUAAAACCUUUUAUAUUUUUGCAAUAAAGUACGUUUUGACUUCUUUGGCCUAACGUCAGUAACCUACAUGUUCCAGUGGUUUUAAGGACGGGCAAUGUAGUCAUUAUGAUAAUAGGGAAGAGUCUUUUUUAGAGGAGAGAUCAUUAACACAGUUUCCUCAUAAAACAUAUAUCUACUUCCUUUUUUCAUUGUAUAGUUCUCUGUACUCUUAAAAAAUUUGAGUUCGACAUUUAA